AUGAACUCAUAUCACGUUUUGGAGCUGGCGGGAGAGGGCUCGUUUGGUCGAGUUUACAAGGGUAGGAAAAGAUUCACUGGCCAGGUGGUAGCUUUGAAGUUCAUGCCAAAGGUGGGUCGUUCUGAAAAGGAGCUACGAAGUCUCAAGAGGGAGAUUGAGAUUAUGAGGGGUCUCCAACAUCCAAACAUUGUCCAGCUCUUUGACAGCUUUGAGACUGAAACUGAGGUUGUGGUUGUAACUGAGUAUGCGGAGGGUCAAUUGUUCCAGAUUCUUGAAGAUGAUGGGAAUUUACCAGAAAGCCAGGUCCGUGAGAUUGCCUGCCAGUUGGUUUCAGCUCUGUACUAUUUACACUCCCAUCGGAUUCUUCAUCGUGACAUGAAACCACAAAAUAUACUCUUGGGGAAAAGUGGGGUGGUAAAACUGUGUGACUUUGGGUUUGCCAGGGCCAUGAGCGUCUCCACCCUGGUGCUGACUUCUAUCAAGGGAACACCACUGUACAUGUCUCCUGAGCUGGUGGAGGAAAAGCCAUAUGACCACACUGCUGAUCUCUGGUCUUUAGGCUGCAUCCUGUAUGAGCUCCACACGGGGGCGCCUCCGUUCUACACUAACUCCAUCUUCCACCUGGUGCAACUCAUUGUGAGAGACCAAGUAAAAUGGCCAGGCACAAUGAGCGACACCUGCACGAGUUUCCUGAAAGGUUUGUUAACCAAAGACCCUCAGAAGCGGUUGUCGUGGCCAGACCUCCUGCACCAUCCCUUUGUUGCUGAUGGUGUUAUAGUGCUGUCAGACACAAGUGUUUUCAGCCCUCUGACAGUCACGCCCAGUCCAGACAUGCUGGCGCUGAAACUUCAGCAAGUGGCAGCGAAGAUGGUACCGACUUCUGGAGAGAGUAGAUUACUGCGAAAGGCCAGGGAACAGAGGGACAACAGUAGCAGAGGGAAAGCAGUGGGUAGUGACAGUACAAAAAAAAAAAAGGAUGGAGUGGGAAAUGAAAAGGCCAACUCUGCAAUGGCAGCAACACCACCCAGGGCCAAACCCCACUCCAGUGAUGGCUCUGUUACCUCAGGUCACUUGGUCAUUGCAGCUGCCAAUCAAAUCCUCAACCCAAAGACUCAGGCCUGCAUGAGAUCAAAACACAGAGGUCAGAUCAGCAGAGACUAUGAACAGGAAUUUCCCUCUGUAGAGGUCGGUCCACGAUUGGUGUGGAGAUGCAAUGAGGACAGACAGACAGCACCGCACAGGCAGAAUGUUGACAGUGAGGAGUAUUGGGAGAAACUGGUCCAAGAGUCAGAUCCAAGCAAUCAGCAGAAAGAUCUAUUAAACUACAAUGCUAUUAUACCGCAACUUAACUCCAAGAUUCUGGCAUUUAAAGCUCAGCUAUCAAGUGGUGUUGUUAAAGAAGCAUGGCAGAUUCACCAACCGCUGAAGAUCUUAUGCAACCUCAUUCUGACCUCUGACCUGGAGAAGUUGUAUCACAUGAGCCGUGAACUUGGACUACCCCAUGUCCUCUUUGACCUGGUUCAAGAUACUGUAGAAAACUCACAGUUCAUCAAGAAACCAUGGAGUGUACCAGCACUGAGAGAAAUCAUUGUAGUGCUCUUGAUCUACUUUGAUGAGCAUCAUGACUGGAUGGAAGAAGAAUAUAGGGAAGAUGGACUGGAAGAGUUCACCAAGCCCUUCAUCACAAUUCUUAGUCGACCAGACCUCAUUCCUUUAGCACCUUUGGCUGCCUCCAUUUUGUCUCUGUUAAUACAACACAAUGUUAAUGUCGAAGUUGAUAUGAACGAUCUAACUUCCUUGCUGAAAAACCUGCUUUUGGACUCAUAUGAGCCCCAAAUUUCUCUUCCCUCUGGCUGGGGACUCUGUGAUGGCCUCCUGUCUUUACUCCUACACAUGCUCUCUGAGCAUGAAAGUGGCUCUGGAUCUUCGUGUUUAGACCCGGUUAUGUUUCUGGAUUUGUGGAAAAAAAUUGGUACUUCACUCAAAAAGACAACAGCAGACACAGGCAUCUGUUCGGCAAAGGGGCUGUAUUACUUUCUGUCUACGGCACUGUUUGUCUUCACGAAGGAUCCGCACUCAUGCAUUCCUCUGUUUUCUGAGAGGGAAUCAAAAUGCAUUUACACUCUUGGCCGGCUGCUGGGCACUGACUGUCUUCAUUUGUUUGCUGAAGUCAGUCCUGGGAGACUUGAAGUGGACCUGAGUCAUGACAGCCUGUCCGUGUUGAGCUGCCACUUGCUGUGCAUUCCAUUUGCCCUGGACUUGCCUUCACACACCAUGUCCACAAUUCUCCAGUUGUAUGACAGUUGUGGUGUUAUCGCAAGCCUCCUGCAGGUAAUUCAAACUCUCCCUCCUCCGCUACUGGAGCUGCCUCUCUCCCUGCUGAGCCGUUUGCUCCUUUGUGACCUUGAGCGCUCCGUUUCCCGCCUCAGAAAAGCUGCUCGUGGUUUUUUCACGCCACCCGGGGACAGCCAGCUCUCUGCCUCCAAACACCAGUGUUCACUAAUCAGAACUGCCAGCUCUCUGCUCUUUGAUUUGCUGCAGCUGGAUGCGCUGUGGGACUCUGCCGUGGAGCUCCUAACUCUGUUGUCCCAAGUGGCCUGUUGUUCUGCUCGGCCUGCCAGCCUUCAGCUUUACCUGGACGCCUCAGUGCUGCACCAGGCGCUGGCUCACUCUCAUGACCAGAUCAGGGCUGCCACAUGCAGACUUUUGGGAAAUUUGGAUCCAUUCAGGCCUCCUACGCUUCAACCUGACAUUUUCAAAAGCAUGAUAGGCUGUCUGCAUGAUCCCUGCCCGCCUGUCCAGCGAAUGGCUUGCAGGGCAGUAGGGAACUGGUUGGGAUAUAUUGCACGGUUCAAAAUGGGCAAGUCCAAUGGAAAGGGCAGUGACACUACAGGUUGGGACAAAGAGAGGGAACAAAAGCAACACAAGUGUUCACACAAUGAGACAGCAGGAGAUCUGGCUACUGUAGUAGAGCAAGGGGUGGAUGAUGAUGAGGAGAGCAGUUGGACAGAGGAAGCCAGGAGGACAGUAGCCAUGCUGGCGCCUCUGAUCACCGACCCUGAUGCCCUCACACGUCGUCACUGUUGUGCAGCUCUGGGAAACCUGGUGAAUGUUGAUGGCGCUGUAUCCUUGUUGUUGGAGGAGGACGUGUCCAGCUUACUUCUCAGAGCUGCAUGCACAGAUUCCCACAAUGCAGUGAGACAAGCUGCCAUAGCAACCCUGUGCCUGUACAGCGAGCAGGAUGCAAUACGCCAGGUCCUGAGAUCCCUGGACGCCAGUAAGAAACUUCUUCAGGCUUCGCAACAUGCACCUCCACAAUGCAACUAUCAUCAGCUCAUUGGCCAGCUGUGAAUGAGUCCAGUUGAUGGGUUUAAAAUAAAAUAAAAAAAACCUCCUUCUUCCUCCUUACU